UCGAGUGGAAGGGAGAACAGAAUUCUGCCUCCCUCGGCACUGUAUGUUGGAGGCGCUGUGUUGAGAGAGAGAGAGAGACAGAGAGAGACAGAGAGCAUCGUCCAUCCCAUUCACUGGAGAAACAUCAGCCUAUCUAGUGCCAAUCUCUCCACUUCAUCAGCAGUAUCGGAUAGUGGGGAGAGGAGAGAGAGGCGGACAAGGCGAGGGACCAACACAGAUACACACACACAUAGAGAGAGAGCGAAGGCAUCCUCCGACGUCCGACAACGCCAGGAUGAAGUCUGCAGGGACAAGCCUGCCGGAGCUGUUCACGGAUAGCUACUGUAACACCUGCAAUGCACAACUCAUCUCCCAGUCCCAGAGGGUGGCACACUACGAGAGCAAGAAACAUGCCAACAAGGUUCGCCUGUACUACAUGUUACAUCCUGAGGAUGGGGGCCCCCCUUCCAAAAAACUGCGAUCGGACAAUCCAGACAGUGAUGACAGGGAGGUGGACAGGAACAAGUGCUGUACCCUCUGCAACAUGUUCUUCACCUCAGUGAUCGUCGCCCAGUCCCACUACCAGGGCAAAACGCACGCCAAGAGGAUGCGGCUGGUGCUGGGAGAGUCGCCGGUGCCCGCGCCCACAGCAGAGUCCUCUCCCGAGUCGCUGCCUCCUGUGACCCCCAUCUUCCCCGGCCUGGGCUCCGUCACGGACAACGGCGACCUGGCCAAGUUCUGCCGUCUCUGCAGCGCCUGGUUUAACAACCCCAUGAUGGCCCAACAGCACUACGAGGGCAAGAAGCACAAGAAGAAUGCGGCCAGGGUCAAGCUACUGCAGCAGCUGGGAAAGACGCUGGACUCCGAGGCUCUCAGAGCUUUGAAAAGCAGUUACACCUGCAACAUCUGCAACGUGAUCCUGAACUCGGUGGAACAGUUUCAUGCACAUCUGCAGGGCUCCAAGCACCAGAGCAACGGCGAGGCUAAAGAUGACGGUGGAUCAGAGGCCGCGGGCCGUGCCACGGGGCGGGCAGAGAACGGCGGAGAGACUGCCCGCCUUGCCGGGAGCAACGGCAAGCCGGCCAGAGACAAGAAGGCCUGGAGGGGAGCGUUGCCGGGCUGCGGGGCCCCUUGCGGUUCCCGGCACGGGGAGGAAGCCAAGGACGCGGAGGUCCCGGGCACGAAGACCACGGGGAGAGGCCCCAUGGAGGGGCCACCGAACGGUGACUACAGGCCACGGCUGGGGAGAGAGAAACGGAGCUGGGGGGCAGCCAUGAGAGGAUGGGGAGAGGUCCAGGGAAGAUGGGCAAGCCCUGUGCCGGGCUGUGGAGAGCCUCCAACAGCCACAGUGGGAGGAUGCUCUUACUACGAGUAAGUGUCUGCUGCCGCACCCCAGGGACUACAGGCCAGACCACUGCCCCACCUCUACAUGACAGCCCAGCCCAGAAGGAGCUUCCUCUGACGGACGACCAGCGAGGGAACAUGGGA